GUUUCUGACACCGGAUCUGGCAACACCUCAAUACUACACCGCUGUCUCUAUGCGAGAUUUGUUUGUCAACGGACGGGUUUGAAAUUCCACGGGGACCUGGGAGCCCAUACAUUUUUUUGGUGACAGUUGUGUUGCGUUUGUCAAACACGGGUAAAGGGACUCGAUAAGAGUUUUGAGUUUUGUCAUGGGUGAAUAUUUCUCAUAUAGUAAACGAGAACGUGAACGGCUUAUGCUAGUACGUUGUCCUUCGUCGUCCAGCCGGCUUCGUUCGUUAGCUUAGCUAGCUAGCUAGCUGCGUUGCGCCUAUGGGGAGUGUUAUUAAAAGCGCGUCUACACCAAUGUUUUUAGCGUAUGAUUUCCGGAAAAUAUUUAUAAUUACGCGGGGGUUAUGUCUCGGAACUGAACUAGUGAACAAUUGAAGUAAAGUGACAGAAGAGGCGAUGCUGCUUUGUAAGUUACGAACAGUUUUAUUAUUAAGUACUCGUCUUUGAGCUCUUGUUUGAGCAGAGAUAGCGAAAGUCCGGGACUCCAGCAACAACAAGAAGAAGAAGAGGGCUUUGGGGGACGAUGUCUUCUCCUGUCACGAGAUGAGUUUUGUGGACGAUUCGCUGCAGGCGGGGAUGUCCUCGGUCCAGUCGGGGCUGGAGGGACACCUGCCGCUUUUACACCGCGGCGCUCAGACUCAAAGCGAGCUGCUGCUGGACCUCAAUUCCCCGGAAGCCUACCUGGACGGAAGCCCGCUGGAGUACGCAGACCCCGACAGGAGCAAUGGCAGCCCCCUGUUCGAGAGGAGGAAGAGGUCCAGGUCCAACAGCUCCAGGCACAGGUUCAACGAAGUCGUCACCGAGCUGGUACCCGAGGAGGUUCGGUGGUUCUACAAAGAGGACAAGAAGACAUGGAAGCCCUUUCUCGGACACGAUUCGCUUAAAAUUGAACUAAUGUUUCGGAAAUACUGCGAGCUGAACCCGUCAGCUGUUCGUCAGAGUAAAGGUCCGGAGAGUCCGGAACCGAACGGUACCGCUGUGACGGGAGAGACGGCGAGCUGCAGCGCGCACGAAGGCCGAGGUUCUGUGGACACCUCAUCUGAGGAGAGGGACCCAGACGGCAUCGAAAUCAACGUGGAGCCCGUCUGUGUUCGAGGAGGACUCUAUGAGGUUCACAUCAAGGAGAAGGAAUGUUUUCCUGUCUACUGGAAGCAACAAGACCAUAUUCCUGUGAUGAGAGGCCAGUGGUUCAUCGAUGGAACGUGGCUCCCGUUGGAGGAGGAGGAGAGCGACCUGAUUGAGCAAGAACAUCUGAGCCAUUUCCGAGGACAGCAGACGCAAGACACCAUUGAGACCGAUUUAGUGGUCAAAACAGUUGAUAGCAAAGAUGCCAUCCACAGUCUGAAGUUGAGCCGGACCCAUGUAGAUUGGCACAGCGUGGACGAAGUCUACCUCUACAGUGAUGCUACCACCUCCAAAAUUGCACGCACUGUCACCCAAAAACUGGGUUUCUCUAAAGCAUCAAGCAGCGGCACACGGCUCCACCGGGGUUACGUUGAGGAGGCCUCUCCAGAGGAUAGACCCCCUCAGACGACGCACAUUGUCUUUGUGGUGCACGGGAUUGGGCAGAAGAUGGAUCAGGGGCGCAUUAUUAAAAACACUGGAAUGUUGAGGGAAGGUGUAAGGAAGAUGGAAGACAAGCACUUUUCAAAACACAAAGACGAGCAUGUGGAAUUCUUUCCUGUCGAGUGGCGUUCCAAACUCACACUAGAUGGAGAUACAGUCGAGUCGAUCACACCAGACAAAGUCAGAGGGCUGAGAGACCUCUUAAACAGCAGUGCCAUGGACAUCAUGUACUACAACAGCCCUCUUUAUCGGGACGAAAUUACCAAGGGCCUCACACAGGAGCUGAACAGACUGUACUCGCUCUUCUGCUCUCGGAACCCGGAGUUUGAGGACAAGGGCGGGAAAGUGUCCGUCGUGGCUCAUUCCCUCGGCUGCGUCAUCACCUACGACAUCAUCACCGGAUGGGAUCCCGUGCGCUUCUGUCUGCAGGAGCACCGUGCGGUAGAGGAGGAGAUGGAUUUGCGCUGGAUGUCCUACGAGGAGAAGCAGCUGCUGCAGCAGCUGAAAAACACACGCAGCAGGUUACUAGACUUGGAGGAUCAGCUUGUAGCUCUGGAGGCCUUGAGGCCUUCAGUCCCUCCAGCUCUCAAAUUUAAGGUGGAAAACUUUUUCUGUAUGGGUUCUCCGUUGGCCGUGUUUUUGGCGCUGAGAGGAAUCCGUCCAGGCAUCAGCUGUCAUCAGGACCACAUCUUACCCACCUCCAUCUGCAGCCGGCUCUUCAACGUCUUCCACCCCACGGACCCUGUGGCCUACAGACUGGAGCCUCUCAUCCUUAAACACUAUAGCAACAUUGCACCUGUCCAGAUAAACUGGUCUAGUGCCACUAAUCCCACACCCUAUGAUGAAAUCCGGCCUUCAUUCCUAAACCCUGUAAAGGAUCCACCGUCUGACACAGAGAGCAUUCCCAGCCCAAGCACAUCUCCUGUCCUUCCCCGUAAGAACUACGGAGAAUCCAUCACCAGCUUGGGAAAGGCUAGCAUACUCGGAGCUGCGAGCAUUGGGAAGGGCAUCGGCGGAAUCCUCUUUUCCCGUUUUUCCCGCUCCAACAGCCAGCCUUCAGUGUCCUUAGGACUCGAAGGAGGCCCAAAUUGUGAGGAAGAGGAGCAAAGUCGCACCGAAAGCCAAUCAGCUUAUGGGCUCUCCACCAUGAUUCGACCCAUGUCCCCUACCGCUGACACAUCAUUGGAGCUGGAGAGACGUAUUGAUUUUGAACUCCGGGAGGGAUUGGUGGAGAGCCGUUACUGGUCGACGGUGACCUCACACACGGGCUACUGGUGCUCACAUGAUGUUGCACUCUUUUUGUUGACCUUUAUAUAUAAGCAGAAGUCAACAAUCUCCGCCCCGAUAGACGACACUCCAGAGUCGGACUGAAGCAGAACACACAUCUGAAGGAUGUUGUGUCACAGUAAAGGCAUUUGUUUCUCAUGGGCAGAACUCAGUGACUUCAAUUAACAAUUUUCCAUCCUCAGACUCUUCAGACUGUUAGUUUUUUUUGUUUUGUUUACCAGCUCUUUGAAAUUAAUACUCAAAAGACGACACAAGGCCUCAUGUUUUUGCUUCUUUUUGUUUAGCUUGUGUGUAUUUGCUAACCCAUAAGGUGACAACGUUGGGCCAGAAACACUUGACUGACUGCUAGUUACAUUUAGAAGAAGGGACUAAUGAUUCCAAUGCAUGGAUGUUUUGCAAUCAAUGAAGGAAGAAAAAAAAAGACUUCAUUCCCAGCCUCAAGUCAAACAGCUGCAGCCUGUUUUUGUUUAGUUUUUUGUUAAUCAGUGCUUGAAUCCAAACAGUCCGAAGCUUUGUGACGUCUUUGUCUGGUUCAGCCAAUGAGGCUUCAAGCUGUGUGUCUAAAUGUCUGUUACCCAUUUAUGAGAGCAAAUGUUUGUUACAUAAAUCUUUCAAUAUUUAGUUACUACUAGUCGAAAAAUCUACUGCUAGAAAAGCAAAUGCAAUGCCUUUUGAAAUCUGCCAAACAGUCAUAAAUAUUUUUGUUUUUUCCACACAUUUAAGAAAAAACAAGGCAUUAUCCCUUUAAAAUUGCAAUAUAGAGAAAUGAAGACUUUUCAAUGUUACUUCUGAGUUUCAAACUAAUGUAACCAGAGCUGAUUUUUCUAGAAAAAUGAUCACUUAAAAAAAUUGCACUCAACCAAAAUCCAUGCUUCUGUAAUGACUAUGAAUCAUGAAGAGACUUUCUUUUUAUUGUUGAAUCUUUAUAUUGAUUUCCAGAUGAAAUCAGUGGUACUAGAUGUAUUUUUCUGGAACUAAAAAGUAUUUUUCAUAGCGAUUUGUGGAAAUAAACUUCAGUGUGUGGACAAAGGAUCUUGUGGCCAAAUAAACUAGUGACUUAGCUGCCUUAGUAAUAUUUACCCUGAUAAAUAGUCAAAAAUGAUUAGAGGGCAACUAAAGUCAUCUUAUUUUAUUGCAUUAGUGAUGCAUUCCACAUAAAAGUAAAUGUUCUUUAUUUUUUUCAUCAACUUGCACUUUCCCCUUUCAGAAAAGCUUGAUUAAAAUACUUUAUUCCUGCAGCUGCCUCACAUGUCGUAGUUGCAAUCAUGCGACCAAGUGAAAGGGCAAAUUAAUAUUCCAAUUUUUCUUCGCUCUGGUUUAUUAAAGCAAUAGGUUAAAUGAACACAGCAGGAGUUUAUAGUCGGUGCAGCCUCAAACAUGGUGGUAAACCCUUAAAAUAAAGUAAGAAGUCGUGCCCUGUGCCAACGCUCAUGUACUUCUGAACUACUUUUUUCAAAAAUAUUUGAAAUAAAUGAACUCCCCUCUGCUUUACAUUCCACUAUUUAAGUUAAUGUUAGUUUUUGUUGGUAAAACUGCAGCUUUAUUGUGCACAAGUAUUAUUUGUCUCUGGUCUGUCAUUGAAUCUAGCUGUCGUUUGAUGUUUGAAUCAUGUUUGCUUCGGCCUACUCGCUAAAACCAGGCUGCCUUGGGAAGCUAACCUGAUUGUAAACCAUGGAGGAAACCUCAAAUAAAUCAAUGCAAGAGGAUUGACUUUACCUGGA